AUGGCCGAUGUCGUCUUCUCCAGAGCCAUCGGUCUGCUAGUUUUCUUAGCCUACAUUGCGGACACCCAACAAUGGCGAUUCUUUGAAGCCAGAGAGCAUUACCGGAAAACGGCCAAAGUUCCUCCUGGCUAUCAUCAGGAAGACUUAGACCGAGGAUUCAAUGUUACCGGUAUGUUCGCCUGGAGCAGGCAUCCGAACUUUGCCUUCGAGCAAGCUGUCUGGGUCACGGUCUACGUGUGGGCUGCAUAUAUUACCAAGGGUAUUGUGAAUUGGACGAUUGCAGGACCCCUAUGUUAUAUGGUCCUCUUUCAAGCCUCGACUUGGCUUACAGAGCUGCUCUCACGCCGAAAGUACCCCGAGUACGAGGAGUAUCAGACGAGAGUGGGCAAGUUUGUACCGAAUCUACCAGGUGGGCGUCCUGGAGAUUUCAGCGAUCUACGGAAGGACAAGUAG